ACCCUGAAAAUCUAAAUGUGAGAAGCAAAAAAAAAUGUUGUUGGAUUCCUGUCUCUGCCCUGCAAUCAAUUGAUCACUUUUUUUAUUUGUAACUGACAUAUUUUUUAACAUUGUACUCUACUAAUAUAUAAUAGCAUGAAAUAUGGUCAUGGUGAAUUAAUAGGUAACAGGUAAUCUAAUCAAAUUAUUCUGAAUUAGUUUGAUCUGUUCGUGUGGAAUAAUACGUGACACGGGGAUGUUCUUAGGGUUAGAAGAUCUCAUACAUUCAGCAUUAAAGGCCCACUGAAGUGUCUUGGAACAUGCAGCAUUAUUCAAUGUGUUGAUGUAAUUUCAACUAAACGGGAAGACCUCAGCUCCUCCCCUUUUUUAAAAUAGCCAAUAGCGUUUUAUUUAUAUCACGGUUCGGCCAGAGCCGUUGAACUCGGUAAAGCUUCAGUUUGCUUAUAAUCUCUAACCGUUUCUCCUCAUAAUCUCCUCCACAUCGCUUUAAAACAUGAUCCGCUCUGUGCUCUCGUGUCUCUGGACCUGUGUGCAUGCUGCAGCGGUUCACGUGACACUAAUGUGAAACCAGACUUCAUUGCUUCAGUGGAAAGCAUAUUUACACUGUCAGAAUCAUUCCCUGUCCCCUAUAUAGUGCUCUAUGUGCCAUGAACAAGUGACUGAAGUCAGCCGCAGCUUCAGCAUAUUUAUAAUGUAGGGGGAGGGACUUCAGACUCUAGAGAGCAUCUGAUUGGACAGGAGAUCUGAUCCAUGAUCCAUUUUAGCUGAAGUGAGAGAGUGUAAUUUUUGAAUGCUUAUAUCUCCUAAAUGCGAAUUUUGUCUUUGUUUUAUAGCACACCAGCUUAUUCACAACCUUAAGACUAACAUAUUCAUACUAAAAGCUAAUUUUAAAGGAUUUUAAAGCUAAAGUGCUACUAAAAAGCUUUACUGAUCAAAACGCGGCUCUCUUGUAAUUGCACUCAGCCGCAGAUCCGGUCCUAGAUGGCGCUGUUGCUCUUUCUAACAUAUAGGAUGUUCCCUGACAAGACUUGCCGCUCGGUCUUCAUCUGAACCUCAAAUGAUUCACCUUCAGAUAUUUAAGUGCCCUCACGGGGAGUUGAUAUUCAUUGGAUUUUUACAUUACCGGUCAAAAGUUUUAUAACAGUAAGUCAUCAAGUACAGUAGGCAAAGUCAUAACACUAUCAGCUGUAUUCUUACCAUUUUUCAAAAGAUGUAUGGAAAGUAUACAGCCACCAAAACAUCCUUCAAAGCAGCCAGCCUUUGCUUAGACUGCAUAGGUGGGCCUAAAUGCUCAAAGUUUUAGUUUUGUAAAGAAAUGAAUACGUGGGUAUGCAUAUAAUCCGAUCAUAAUCCUUCAGUAUUAGUAAUAUAUAUUAUAUAAGCCUAGCGUUUGCAAGAUUUUAGUUUGUCUCAUCAUUUUACAGAUAAUGGCUCUGCGCACCGCUCGAUAGUUGUGAGCUCGAAUAUAAGGCAGCAGAGCGAGCAGCGCUGAAAUAAAGCUGACAGGUGUUUGCCCGCCUGGACUUUUCCUUUGACUAAUCACGAAAGGUCUCAUAUAUCAAGUGUCUCUCAUUUCACGGUGAGCUUGCAUUCAUGCCUCAGGUCAACGAUGUUUUAUAUACGACCGCUAGAGGUUGAUGCAAACCCUCCAGAGUGUGGGACGGACUACCGCUUUCAACACUUUUCAGGGAUGCAGUCUUGUGUUGGUGCACGCACAACUUGAGCUAGUUCAUGCACUGACUCCUGAGGCUGCGCGCUCCCGUUCCCAGGCUGCUGGUGCUGUUUUCAGUACACGCACAGGUGAAGAGUCCUUGUAAGUUGUUUCUUUCUCUCUCUCUUUUGACAUUAUUUGAUUGAUGUUAAACAGUUCGAAAUGCAACUGAAUGGCAUUGGUGAAGAUGUUGCCUAACAGUGGCACAGCGCAAGGCACCAGCUGACCUGAGGCAUCACUUUGAAGUGUAAGAAGGAGUUCAUUCCAAAGCAUAUACGGGAUAAAGACUUGAUUAGGCUAAUAAAGAAACUGAAACAAAGUUAUACAUGGUGCACCAUGGAGAGCGCCAUCAUCAACCCAGCAGCACUCGCUUGGUGAAAGCAUCAUCCUGAGAGAUAAAGAUGAGAGCGCCAACAUUUGGACUUCUGUGGAGCUGUCUCGGUUUUCUUCACGGCGUUCAAUGCGGUUUAGGAGACAACCAUGUGCAUUCGAGCUUUAUUUACAGGCGGUUGCGUAACCACGAGCGGCGAGAGAUCCAGAGAGAAAUCCUCUCCAUCCUGGGCUUGCCCCACCGUCCCCGGCCCUUCUCCCCGGGCAAACAAGCGUCGUCGGCACCGCUCUUCAUGCUGGACCUGUACAACGCGAUGACGACCGACGAGGAGGACGCGAUACUCGGGAAGGCGCUCGCUGGGAAAGCGCGUAAAAGCGCCUCUGGAGUUCCACAUGGAUACUCGCGCGCCCCGCAGCAGCCGUACCGCGCGGCGCCGUUGACCAGUCAGAGCCCGCCUUUGGCCACCGCGCACGACACCAACUUUCUGAAUGACGCGGAUAUGGUGAUGAGUUUUGUCAAUCUAGUCGAGAGGGAUAAGGACUUCUCCCAUCACAGACGACACUACAGGGAGUUUCGCUUCGACCUGACUCAGAUUCCGGAAGGCGAGGCAGUGACCGCCGCCGAGUUCAGGAUUUAUAAGGAUCAAAGUCCCGUCAGAUACGAGAACAUCACACUCAAGGUGACCAUAUACCAAGUCAUCAAAGAAUAUCCAAACAGGGAUGCUGAAACGUUUCUCUUGGACUCGAAAAAGAUCCGUGCCACUGAUGGGGGGUGGCUGGUGUUUGACAUCACGGCCACCAGUAAUCACUGGCUCCUGAACCCGCAGCAGAACAUGGGCCUUCAGCUCUGCGUGGAGAACGCUGACGGUAGAAGCAUCAACAUGAAAUCUGCUGGCAUCAUCGGAAGGAACGGACCUCAGUCCAAACAGCCAUUCCUGGUGGCUUUUUUCAAAGCCAGUGAGGUUCUGCUCCGUUCUGUAAGAGCAACAGGAGGCAAGAAGAAGAGCCACAGAAACAAAAGCAAACCACAACAGAAAACUUCACCAGCUAUCAAAAGUGGAGAUCAGAACACCAGUGAACAGAGGCAAGCCUGCAAGAAGCAUGAACUUUACGUGAGCUUCCGCGACUUAGGAUGGCAGGAUUGGAUUAUUGCUCCAGAGGGCUAUGCAGCCUUUUAUUGUGAUGGAGAAUGUUCAUUUCCACUGAACGCACAUAUGAAUGCGACAAACCAUGCGAUUGUGCAGACCUUGGUCCAUCUAAUGUUUCCUGAUAAUGUGCCAAAGCCUUGCUGUGCACCAACCAAACUGAAUCCCAUAUCAGUGCUGUAUUUUGAUGACAGCUCAAAUGUGAUUCUGAAAAAGUACCGGAAUAUGGUGGUGAGGUCCUGUGGUUGUCAUUGAGGGCAGAGAAGCGUCUGUGUCAUAUUGCUGGAAUAAAUAACAUAUCAAAAGAAAUAGUUUUUGACAUUUGAUGUACAGUAUUAUGUAUAUAUUAGCUCAUAAUUCCUCUUAUUUAUUUGGCUUUGUUUUGUAAUAACGUUUUUAUAUGUGUGAUGUAGAUCAGUUAAAGUUACCACUCUUACCACAAAUCAAUGGCCGAUUGCUCUUUCUCUGAGAAUAUGUUUAUGAGUUAGACCAGUUAGAGAGAGUCAUAGACUAGACGAUCAAAUAUAAUUUACUUUCUUUCGAUUACAUGUUAUAAGUUCACGAGCAACCACUCCAAAACAGAACUGCUGCUAUUUUACAAAAGAAAUGUAAAACCCUAGUUAACCUAUUUACAUUAUUUUUUUGAUGUGGGUAAAAAAAAAAGAACAGCCAUAUUGGAUUUAGCAAAAAUAAAUAAAUAAUAAUAAUAAUUCUUUGUUAAUAAAAUGAGUGUAGUGUUGUUGUAAGAGCACUGAGUAUGUUUAUACAUAUUUUCUCAAAUAUUCCAAAGUAUUGCAGACCACAAUUGCUAAUUUAUAUUAGUUUGCUUUAGAUAUCCGUGGGUGGAUAUAAAAAAUUAAGGUUGAUUUUUUUUUUUUUUUUUCUGAGCAAAUAUUCUUCCUCCUUAUAUACACUUGUAUUAGUACUCUGAGUAAUAUAUAUUUUUUGGAAAAUAUUGCAUUUAUUAUUUUAGAACCAUGUUUGUAUGUCAUUAAAUCUAUUUUCAAAUA